UUUGUUUUUACAUUUUCAAAAUAUGCUGUUUUUAUUACUAUUUUAUUCUAAAUGUUUUCAGUUUUGUGGUAUAACUAUAAAGAGUAGUCAUACCUUAAAGCAAUCUAUUCACUUACUAUUAGUUCCUUAGGGUAACCUGACUGAUUAGAACAUCAAACCAUCGGAACAUUUGGUAAUUACUCGUUUAAGAUGUUUGGACCUCAAACAUUCUCGUUUAAAUUUUGUCAAAACUGGAUUUGGAAGCGGCCUGCACUUAUGGCCUUGACUUCUGUCACGGCAGUUGGAACAGCAAUCAAAACUCAGAAAUUACAAUGCGAAAGCUUCGUUGACAAGCUGACAGGUCUUGCUGAUGAAUACAAUUUGAAGAAGGAUAACAGCCGUAAAAGCAUGUUUUUACUAGGAUCAGGACCAAGGUUUGUUUCGUUUUUGGGGAUUUACGUUUAUGAUAUAGAGCUCUAUAUUCGUAAACAAGAUCUUCGUACCAUUCAGAAAGUUUUAAAUGAGCAAGUGGACCCGAAUGUGGGAGUAGAAAUGAGUUUGAAGGAAGCUGAAGUUGGAAGUCGUAUUAUUGAAGAACUUUUGAAACGUAAAAUUCAAUACGCAGUUCGUAUCCUUCCUGCACGAAAUACCAACUUUAAACAUCUAAAAGGUGGCUUUACAAAAGCAAUGCUCUUGCGCAAGGAUCGCAACGACGAGAAUGAAGAGCGUAUGAUUCAUGGCUUCCGAGAUACAUUCCCUGGAACCGGAACUUGUCUUCGAUCUACUACCCUCUCGAUUACUCUAACAGAUAAGGACAAAUUGACGUACGAACACGAGGGUCAUGAGAUUGGCAGCAUGAAGGAUGAAGGGCUCAAGGUUUCCAAUCUGUUUCUUCAGUCGUACUUGGUAGGUAACAAGGUAAACAGCGAACAAGCACGUCAAUCUGUUUGUAUAACUUUACGACGAAUUAUGGAUGGUUCUUUAAAAGUAUAAGAGAGCUUGAAAAUUUGACGAAUGACUAUUUAUGAAGAUGAACAGGUUUCUCAAGUACUAUACUUUAAUUUUUCGUAUAGUAAUAAAAGAAAAAUGAAGAGGAUUAGAAUUAGAAAAAAAAAAACUGUGAACCGCUAUUUCAUAAACAUAGCAAAAGUGCUAGACCUG